CAACACAUAGACGUUUUAUUUUAUAAUGUUUGCAUCGACGGUGGGCACUUCAGAGAGGGAAGGGCGUAGAGAAAAGUGGCACUGUGGGUGGUGGGGUCCUAAGACGAUGAUGCUGUUUUCCUUCAUUUUCUUUCCAUUUGCUUUCCCAUCUAAACUGAUUUCUAUCUACGGUAAAAUUUCAAUAGGUGGAGCUGGCAUGGCCUCCUUCAUCAUUUGGGUACAAAAGAGGUGCUACUCCGAAAAAUCGAAGUUGAGCAACUCAAAAUUUAGGAGGGCGGUUGCAGGAAUUUUGCACUUUUUAUGCAUUGUAGGCAUUGUCAUUUUGUACGUCUGGUACGCGCCACACGCGUCUUGCUCGCUUAACAUUUCCAUCAUCAGUGGAACAAUAAUACUCUACAUCAUUAUGAGUGGUGCUUCCUUUCUUCGUAGUGUGAAUGGUGGUUUUCUAUCUUCUGGUAUAAUGGGAAUUUAUGUUAUAUACCUUUGUUGGUGUGCACUCAAAAGUGAACCUCAAGAAACAUGCAUGCGAGAGGGAGGGUCCUCUAAAGAAGAUGUGUUCACCAUCAUAAGUUUUUUUGCGGGUUUGAUAACAAUGGCGGUUGUGACGUUUACAACCGGCAUCGAUUCUAAAUGUUUUACGACCGCGUUGAAAAGGGAGGAUGAAGAUGAUGAAGUUCCAUAUGGAUAUGGAUUCUUUCACUUUGUUUUUGCCACAGGAUCCAUGUAUUCUGCUAUGGUUCUAGUCGCAUGGGAUACCAACCACCAUAUGCAAAAGUUCACAAUUGAUAUCGGGUGGACUAGUACUAUUGUGAGGAUAGUCAAUGAGAUUGUAGCAGUCAUCAUUUAUGGAUUGGUCCUGAUGAUUAAACCCGAGUGAUUUGCAUAUAUGGCUGAUGUACUCCGUAAUACAUUUAAAUCUUACGAGAAAGAGAGUGUUGUACGUACUUGUCCUACAAUUAUUAAAUUAAACUUGGUGAU